AUGGGUUUUGGGGACCUGACUGUCCCCCAGCGUGACACCAACCCCCCCACAGAUGUCCCCAGGGCCACAGAGCCCCAGGGUGACAAUGACAGCCCCCGCCGGGGCUCCCUCUGCGACCGCCACUGCGCCGCCAUCAACAACGUGCAGGGUGACCUGAGCUGCCACCUGCACCGGGCCUGCGUCCCCCCAGCCAUAUGCACCCCGUCCUGCUGCCAGCAGCACUCGGACGAGGUCUGCGAGAGCUGCGUGGUGAAAACCACCCUGACGGCCGAAAAUGUCGUGGAGGCCAACAAGCUCUCCAACAACUACAAGUUUGGCUUCAAGAAGUGGAAGAGCCACGUGACGGAGCGGCCCUGGGAGGAUCGCUCGGAGAUCGUCAAGGAGCUCUACUCCGACCUCAACGUCAUCCGGGGCCCUGGAGGGUCCACGGUGACGUGUGGGAACGUCCUCUACCUGCUCCUCUUUGGCUGGUGGCUCUCGCUCCUCUACGUCCUCGUGGCUGCCGUGAUGUUCGUCACCGUUGUGGGGGCUCCUUAUGGGCGGCUCUGCUGGGACCUGGCCAGGUAUUUCCUCUGGCCCUUCGGCAAAGUGAUCCAGAAAGCUGAGGUCCCCAAAUCCCACCGGGCGCUGGGUGCGUGCGAAGCCGGCGCGCAGGCGAGCGGCACUGGGGAGAGCUCAGCCCUGCUUGGUGGCCCCACACCGCGUCGCUGGCGCCCGUGGUGCUGGGAGGACAUCGGAUAUUGGCCCGUGGCCAAGCUGAGCCCCCGCACCACCACCCGCGUCCUGCUGCGGCCCCCGGAGCGGGUGCUCGUCCGGCGCCUGAAGAUGACGGAGGUGCCGCUGGAGGGGGAGGUGAUCCUCUGCUGCUACCGCGCCGUCAACCCCUACUACUACAAAUACGCCGUGGAUGGCAUCAAUGUCUUCGCUGUCAGUAUCCUUUUACCUGCUGCCGCUGGUGCUGGUGACGCUUACGUGGACAGCCACAACCGCUUGACCAGCUCCUCCAUCAAGUUCACAUUGGCCCUGCUCUCCAUCAUGCCCCUCUCCUACUACAUCGGGAUGGCCAUCGCCAGCAUCUCAGCCCAGAGCAACUUUGCGGUGGGAGCAGUGGUGAACGCCACGUUCGGCUCCAUCACAGAGCUGACCUUCUACAUCACGGCCCUCAUCAAGGGCUCACGCGAGGGCAACCGCUGCUACGCCGAGAUCGUCAAGUCGGCCUUGACGGGGACGCUGGUGGGCUGUGUCCUCUUCGUCCCGGGUCUGUGCAUGGUGAUCGGGGGCAUCCGGCACCAGUCCCCCAGCCGCUCGGCGGGCGUCAGCUCGGCCCUGCUCUUCCUCUCUGUGGGAGGUGUCUUUGCCCCAACGCUCUUCUCCAAGGUGUACGGGAAGCUGAUCUGUGGCGAGUGCCACAACAUCACCCAGAACCCGCUGGGCCACUACCUCUGUCACAACUGUCACUUUGAUCUGAUGGACAACAACGGCACCCUCUACUACAGUCACGUCCAACCCCUGGUGUACACAGUGUCCCUCCUGCUCCCUGCCGCCUACCUCAUCGGUCUCUUCUUCACCCUGAAAACUCACUCACACAUCUACGACAUCCACAUCAGCGACUGUCACAUGCCCGGCCACCACCACAGCGCUGUGGUCCACUGGUCUCGCUGGCGGGCCCUGGUCAUCCUCCUGCUCUCCACCCUCUGCAUGUCAGCCUGUGCCGACCUGGCCACGGAGCACAUCAGCCCCAUCCUCACCAACUCCACCAUCUCACAGUACUUCAUCGGGGUCACCGUGCUGGCGAUGGUGCCUGAGCUGCCGGAGAUCGUCAAUGGCAUCCAGUUUGCCCUGCAGAACAACCUGAGCUUGAGCAUCGAGAUUGGGAACUGCAUCGCCGUCCAGGUCUGCAUGCUUCAGAUCCCCAUCCUGGUGCUCUUCACCAUCUUCUACCCGACCAAUUUCACGCUUGUCUUCAGCGACCUCCACGUCUACGCCAGCAUGUUCAGCGUGGUACUCAUGAACUACAUCUUCAUGGAUGGCAAAUGCGACUACUUCCAAGGCACAGUGCUGGUGAUGGUUUACUUCAUCCUCCUGGCUGUGUAUUUCUUCGCCCCAUCGCCCAGCGGUUGCUGA